CGCAGUCACCCAUCGGAAGAUUCGGAAAAAAGAAAGGAAGAAACCGCAUAUCGCGGGUCAACACCAGAACUGAGGCAAGACAUAGGCUGAGCUGAAGUGGAGGACGAACGACGGAGAAGUGGUUUCGAAUACGGUCAAGCAAAACAGAGAGAAGAUGAAGAUUCUGAUUACAGGCGCAUCCGGUUUCCUCGGGGGAAGGCUCUGUAAUGCUUUGCUCCGCAAAGGAUACUCAAUUAGGGUCCUCGCAAGGCCAACCAGUGAUCUCUCGGCCCUUUCUUCUCCUGCCAAUGCCGGAGCUCUUGAAAUCGUCUACGGUGAUGUCACUGACUAUGUUUCUUUCCUCUCUGCCUGCUCCGGCUGCCGCAUCAUCUUCCACGUAGCAGCUCUUGUCGAGCCUUGGCUUCCCGACCCCUCCAAAUUCUUUUCUGUGAACGUUGGUGGGUUGAAAAAUUUGUUGGAGGCAGUGAAGCAGACAAAGACAGUGGAGAAAAUUAUUUACACUUCAUCAUUUUUUGCACUGGGACCAACUGAUGGAAGCAUUGCCGAUGAGAAUCAAGUCCAUCAUGAAAAGUUUUUCUGCACGGAAUAUGAGAAAUCAAAGAUUGCUGCGGAUAAAAUUGCACUGCAAGCUGCGUCCGAGGGCAUGCCGUUAGUGGUGGUUUAUCCCGGGGUUAUCUACGGGCCUGGCAAAGUUACGGCAGGAAAUAUUGUUUGUAAGCUGAUGAUAGAACGUUUUAAUGGACGAUUACCUGGUUACAUAGGCUACGGAAAUGAUAGAUUUUCUUUUAGCCAUGUUGAUGACGUGGUGGAGGGACACAUUGCUGUAAUGGAAAAAGGGCAACCCGGUAAUAGGUUUCUGCUGACAGGUGAAAAUGCAUCAUUCGCACAUGUGUUUGAUAUAGCUGCAAUCAUCACUAAUACAAAAAGACCAUUAUUUAAUAUCCCUCUGUGGGUGAUUGAAGCAUAUGGUUGGCUAUCAGUUUUAUUCUCUCGAAUCAGCGGAAAGCUUCCCCUCAUCAGUCCACCAACGGUUUGUGUUUUAAGGCAUCGAUGGGAAUAUUCCUGCGAUAAAGCUAAACAGGAGUUAGAUUAUAGACCCAGAAGUUUGAAAGAUGGACUAGCAGAGGUGCUACCAUGGUUGAAGGACUUGGGCUUCAUAAGCUACUAGUGGGAAGAUUCUAACUUUCUAUGUUCAGCUGGGAAUGACACCUCAGUACUGCACAAGCGAACUAGUUUCAUUUCAGACUUGGACAAAUGGAAAUUUAUUUAUUUACGCUAUAGGCUUGAGCGCUCAAUCCUCUUCCCAUCAGGAGAGUAACCACACACCUAGUCAAUCCCUUGCUUUUUGGCCUACUGGAACUCUUCUUUCUCUCUUGUAGUGGUGUUGGUCUCUUCCCUCCACCUUCCAGAUAUCGAUUAACUGCUUGCCAGCCUAUCCCUAAUCCAUGCUUGGCUGCUGAUGGUCUUUUCUCGUCUUUCAGAUUCACCUCAGGGCAUCUCUGAUGACAUAACCUCGUGGGAGGUCACAAUUCAGAGGACUAAUCAUGUUGGCAAUCUCUGAGACACGGCCAUCCAGCCUAGUUUUUCGAAGAAAAGCAUUCAAAGCUGUGCGAACAAUGGCUUUGGUAGAUGAAUAAAUCGUGAUGGGGGAAUGGUAUUCUGUAAUAUUGAUCCCUGAAACGGGUUGUAGUGGUAAAUGGAAAGGCGUCUUGGUUGCUCACAAAUUGGGACGCAUUUGUCCAUUCUAUGUGACUACAGUUUGAUCAGUGAGUCAUCGAAAACUUAGUGGCUUGUUAUUAUAUAAUGAACUUCCUGUAAUGAAACAUCAGAGGAUUGUGGAUUACCCAAUCGGCGAAGUGUUCACGCACUUCUCUAUGUGCUUAAUGUGGGUCACAAACUAGGCUUCGUCUGUGUUUUCUGGGGUGCAUUCGUUAAUUUAGCAUGUACUCAGAGAGUAGUGUAACUUUUUUUUAUGAAAAAAAAAAAAAUAAUUAUUUUUUAGUUCCGAUGCCUAAACGAUAAACUUGGCUGGGCUUCAAUUUAACUUCCCAUCACAUUCUGUCAA